GGAAAUAAACCUCUUUGACUGGAGUGGGGUCCGGGUGAGCAGAUUUCCUUAUCCGGGAAUCGCAGGCGGGGCGGCCAUUGGCUCGGAGGAUCACGUGGGCGCCUAACUUUGUUCACUUGACAGUAAGUAGGAGGGCUUUCGGAAACAGGAAAACGAGUCAGGGGUCGGAAUAAAUUUUAGUAUAUUUUGUGGGCAAUUCCCAGAAAUUAAUGGCUAUGAGUUCUUUUUUGAUCAACUCAAACUAUGUCGACCCCAAGUUCCCUCCAUGCGAGGAAUAUUCACAGAGCGAUUACCUACCCAGCGACCACUCGCCCGGGUACUACGCCGGCGGCCAGAGGCGAGAGAGCAGCUUCCAGCCGGAGGCGGGCUUCGGGCGGCGCGCGGCGUGCACCGUGCAGCGCUACGCGGCCUGCCGGGACCCUGGGCCCCCGCCGCCUCCGCCACCACCCCCGCCGCCCCCGCCACCGCCCGGUCUGUCCCCUCGGGCUCCUGCGCCGCCACCCGCCGGGGCCCUCCUCCCGGAGCCCGGCCAGCGCUGCGAGGCGGUCAGCAGCAGCCCCCCGCCGCCUCCCUGCGCCCAGAACCCCCUGCACCCCAGCCCGUCCCACUCCGCGUGCAAAGAGCCCGUCGUCUACCCCUGGAUGCGCAAAGUUCACGUGAGCACGGUAAACCCCAAUUACGCCGGCGGGGAGCCCAAGCGCUCUCGGACCGCCUACACGCGCCAGCAGGUCUUGGAGCUGGAGAAGGAAUUUCACUACAACCGCUACCUGACACGGCGCCGGAGGGUGGAGAUCGCCCACGCGCUCUGCCUCUCCGAGCGCCAGAUCAAGAUCUGGUUCCAGAACCGGCGCAUGAAGUGGAAAAAAGACCACAAGUUGCCCAACACCAAGAUCCGCUCGGGUGGUGCGGCAGGCUCAGCCGGAGGGCCCCCUGGCCGGCCCAAUGGAGGCCCCCCCGCGCUCUAGUGCCCCCGCACGCGGGAGCCACGAACCUCGGGGUGGGGGUGGGCAGUGAGUGCAGGGGAUGGGGUGGGGGGACAGGAGGGGGCCCUGGGGCCUGGGCCCCAGAAAAAUCUAUCUGCCCUCCCCCACACUUUAUAUACGAAUAAACGCAGAAGAGGGGGAGGGGAAGCUUUAUUUAUAGAAAUGACAAUAGAGGGCCACGGGGAGGCCCCCCCCAGAAGCAAGAUUCAAAUCUCUUGCUUUCUUUCUUAAAAAAAAGAAAAAGAAAAAGCAAGAAGAAGGAAGAAAGAAAAAGACAGAAAGAGAAAUAGGAGGAGGCCGCAGCUCCUCGUUUUCAGCUUUGGCGAAGAUGGAUCCACGUUUCAUCUUUAAUCACGCCAGGUCCAGGCCCAUCUGUCUUGUUUACUCUGCCGAGGAGAGGACGGGCCUCGGUGGCGACCAUUACCUCGACACCCGCUAACAAAUGAGGCCCGGCUCGGCCGCCUCCGCCUCUGCUGCUGCCGCUGCUGGAAGACAGCCUGGAUUUCCUUUCUUUGUCCCCCACUCCCGAUACCCAGCGAAAGCACCCUCUGACUGCCAGAUAGUGCAGUGUUUUGGCCACGGUAACACACACACACUCUCCCUCAUCUUUCGUGCCCGUUCACGGAGGGCCAGAAUGACUGCUCACCCACUUCCACCGUGGGGUUGGGGGUGGGCAACAGAGGAGGGGAGCAAGUAGGGAAGGGGGUGGCCUUGACAACUCAGGAGUGAGCAGGGAAAUUGAGUCCAAGGAAAAAGAGAGACUCAGAGACCCGGGAGGGCCUUCCUCUGAAAGGCCAAGCCAAGCCAUGCCUGGCAGGGUGAGGGGCCAGUUGAGUUCUGGGAGCUGGGCACUACUCUGCCAGUCCAGAGUUGUACAGCAGAAGCCUCUCUCCUAGACUGAAAAUGAAUGUGAAACUAGGAAAUAAAAUGUGCCCCUCCCAGUCUGGGAGGAGGAUGUUGCAGAGCCCUCUCCCAUAGUUUAUUAUGUUGCAUCGUUUAUUAUUAUUAUUGAUAAUAUUAUUAUUACUAUUUUUUUGUGUCAUGUGAGUCCUCUCUCCUUUUCUCUUUCUGACAUUCCAAAACCAGGCCCCUUCCUACCUCUGGGGCUGCUUGAGUCUAGAACCCUUCGUAUGUGUGAAUAUCUGUGUGCUGUACAGAGUGACAAUAGAAAUAAAUGUUUGGUUUCUUGUGA